CACUGUUUUUUUUAGGGUUUAGGGCUUUUCUACCCUUUUUAUUUCAACAACAAUUUUAUAAAAUACAUAAUCUAUAAUAAUAAAAAUCAGUAUGUAGUAGCCUACUGAAUUCAACAAAGGCUAUGAUUUUUAUUAUUAUCAACUACUACUAGGUGCUCGGAUAUCCCAUUGACGGAGCACUCAUAUGAAGUUAUACAUACAUAUAACAUAGUGGAUGUAUACAUAAUUACAUACACACAUCAAAAAUAUUUGUAUGAGAUUGAAAUGUCUAUACAAUUAAAAGAUCUUUGUAUAAAUAAGUUGCUCAACAAAACGGAUAGUUUGCCAUAAGAGAUUUUGUACAAGUACCUGAUAUAAUAUAGCCACUUUUCUCACCUUUCGGUUACUACAUCAAGCGUGCAUCAACAGGAAUUCCACUGAGUUGAAUUCUGUGAGUUUCGUAUACAUUUCAAUUCUAUAUACUUGCUACGACGAGAAUCUUAAAAUCAUGCCAAGUAUACACGACGCUGCCAAAUCAGGCGACAUACAAACGAUCACAACUUACGUUGCUAACCACGGCGAUGUGAACAGCAAAGAUUGGAACGGAUGGGGUCCAGCUCAUCAUGCUGCAUCCGCUGGCCAGCACGAAGCGCUGCAGUUACUGAUGGAUGCAGAGGGAGCGGUUGUAGAUUUGGCUGAUAACUACGGUGAUACGGCAUUGCACCACGCGUCUGAGUGGGGAAAGGUCGAGUGCAUCAAAGUGCUGCUGGAACACAACGCAGGAUUUGGGGUCAAAAAUCAGAAAGGAAAGACUCCGGUAGACGUAGCAGGCACAGGAUCAUUUGGUUUGGGUUUCUACAGAGUGGAUAGCGAUGUCAAAACCACGUUACUCGAACUGUUUGAGGCCGAACCGGAGAAGCGACGGCUGUCUGCUAUUACCCGACUAUCGGCUGAGAACUUCUUAGCCUUGUCAGAGAUCAAACAACUGGAACACGAGGUGGAGGCUCUUAAACUAGAGAUAGACACGCACAACGCAACCGUUGCACAGGCCAAGCAACAGCAAGACGUACUCAGGCGCAGCGACGAUCAGCUCAUGGAGACCAUGGCCAACGACUACACCAGCUACAUCGACAGCCAGAUGGCGGAGGUGAGGGCGGACUUUGAACGAGAGAAGAAGGAGUUUGAAGAACUAGAAAGACAGCACCAACAAGACAUGGAGCAGACAAGGCUGACAAUAAUCAAAGAGAAGAAGCUCAUCGACAACAACCUCACGACAAUCAGAGAUGAAUCAGACACACUAGAGAAGAAGCUUAGAGAAGAGACGAAGGUGAUCAAAGCACGGGCACGCGAGCAACGGAGAGACAUGGAACGAAGUCAAAUGAUAUGGAACUUAAACCAAAGUUUAAGUAAAAGUGACUUCGGAUCGGCAAAGCGAAUCCUCAGAGACCUCCACGAUGCCAAUGCGCCGAAGGAAACUAUACGGCUCGCGCAGGAGCAGCUGUUUGAAGCCCUAGAAGAGUCCGCACAAAAAGUUGGAACUGGGAAGGUGGCAUGAGUUUUCAAAAAAGCUUUUGAAAUUUAGAACUAUAGAAGUGUUUUUUGUAUCACAACUGAUAGGAAUACAGGUGUCGAGAUCGAUUCCAAAUUUGCACGUUCAUUAAGAACAAAAGUGCACGAUAAAUGCCGUGUGAAUUUAGGAUUUGGGCGUUCAAUGCGUUUACUAUUUCGUAGCUAUGGUGGCCAGAAACCCCGUUUGGCCAGUUGCUUUCAUCACCUCUAUCCGUUGCCUGAACCACUGGUGUUUUGAAUUGAAUGUUAUCAAUUCGUUUCACUGUUUGGUUAAUGCCACGUGAAUAACAUAUGUAUGAAUUUAUUGCCCUGACACCGAGUGAGUGCAACUGGAUAUGCGAUUCUAUAGAUCGAAUCUGAUUCCAUAGAGAUUUCAAACCAUGACCGCCCAUUUAUAGGUGAACUAAAUAAAUACUCAUUCAAAAUCGUACACACCGACUUUUUUAUCGAUCAGAAAUAAGGCCCUGCCACUUUUAGUACGAUGUAUGACGUC